UCUAGAAAAUUACUAUUCGCCGAUGAUAUGAAAUUGUUCCGUCUCAUAAAAAACAGUAAUGAUACAUCUUUAUUACAAGAUGAUUUAAGUUUUUUAGCUAAUUGGUGUGAUAUUAAUAAAUUACCUUUAAACUUCGAAAAGUGCAAAGUUAUGUCAUUCACGCGAUCUCGUAAUCCAAUUACUCACACUUAUAGUUUACGUAACCACCAUUUACAUCGUGUAAAUGAAUUUUGUGAUCUUGGUGUCAUAUUCGAAUCUGAUUUAACCUUUAAUCACCACAUUCAACAUAUUAUCAAUAAUUCAUCUUCGAUAUUAGGCUUUAUUACAAGAAACUGUAAAGACUUCAAUAACCAUAACACAUUAAAAAUUCUAUUUAUGUCCUUAGUUAGAUCUAAGCUUGAAUAUAAUUCAACAGUUUGGUCUCCUUAUUUAAACACGCAAAUUCAAUGCAUUGAGAAUGUCCAAAAUCGCUUUCUCCGUUUUAUGUCCUAUAAAUGUAAUAUUAUACGUGUACCUCACUCAUCUUAUCAACCUUUGUUGAACACAUUUAACAUCCAGAGCUUAGCAAACAGAAGAAAGGUAAAUGAUCUAUUAUUUUUGUUCAAACUACUUAACGGGUUUUUCUACUGUCCGGAGCUAUUAAGUUUUUUAAAUUUUUCUGUUCCUCAAGUCAGAACUAGAUCAUCAAUCAUAACUACUUUUUAUAUAAAUAAUCACAAAACUAAUUAUGCGUUAUCCGCUCCUAUAAAUAGAAUGAUGGCUAUCGCUAAUGAUGAACAAAUUGAUUUUUUUAAUUUCUGUCCAAAUUCUGUCGAUUUUUUCAAUAGUUUUGUAAGAAAAAAAAGUUAUUAAA